CGGGCUUCCAAACCGGGAGGCAGAGGCUACACUGUGGACACUGUCCCCCUCUUUCGCCACGGAAACUUCCGUCCAGCCCUUGGCGCUGCGGAACUGUCGCCCCCCUCCUUCUGCACCUGUUUCUCUUCCUUCCAGGGAAGAGUUGCCGCACCCUCCACCCCCGUGCCUCCGCCCCCCACCGGCCUGGCAUCCUCACCCGCUCACCCUGCUGCUGUGCGCGGCGCAGUGCGGUGCCCCAGCGCGCCUGGCCGCAGAGGUCCGCGGCAGAGCUGAGCAGCGCCAGCUCCCGGCGGCUCGGGGGCCGAGCGGACGCCGCGCUGCCGCCCCUCUCCGCGUGUCUCCGCGCGGCGCUGACGGUCCUGCACAGUCGGGAAGGACGCAGCGCAACUGGACUUGCCCCUGGGGACCUUCCAGUGGCCUCUUCGGAUCCCAGGGCUGGUUAAUCAUCGCACGGACCGGCUGUGCACGUCUGGCUUCCACGUCUCAGCAGAAACGCCCUCGCCGGGGAAGUAAGUUUGUAGAUUCGUUUUCUGGUAGCUGAAAAUGGGCCCUGUAGGUACAGAAGCUGAUGAGAACCAGACAGUGGAAGAAAUGAAGGUAGAGAAAUAUCAUCCAAGGCAAACCACUCCCAGAGGUGAGCUGGCCCACGACCCUGAGCCAGAGCUGAUAGACAGCACCAUGCUGAUUGAGGUACGGAUUAUCCUCAUAUUAGCCUACUGCUCCAUCAUCUUGCUUGGGGUCAUUGGAAACUCUCUGGUGAUUCAUGUGGUGAUCAAAUUCAAGAGCAUGCGCACUGUAACCAACUUUUUCAUUGCCAAUCUGGCGGUGGCAGAUCUUCUGGUAAACACCUUGUGCUUGCCAUUCACUCUGACCUACACCUUAAUGGGGGAGUGGAAAAUGGGUCUCGUCUUAUGCCACCUGGUACCCUAUGCCCAGGGCCUGGCAGUACAAGUGUCCACCAUCACCUUGACAGUAAUUGCCCUGGACCGACACCGUUGCAUUGUCUACCACCUGGAGAGCAAGAUCUCCAAGAGAAUUAGCUUCCUGAUUAUCGGCCUGGCCUGGGGCAUCAGCGCCCUGCUGGCAAGCCCCCUGGCCAUCUUCCGUGAGUAUUCACUGAUUGAAAUUAUUCCCGACUUUGAGAUCAUGGUCUGUACAGAGAAGUGGCCCGGCGAGGAGAAGAACAUCUAUGGCACGGUCUACAGUCUUUCUUCCUUGUUAAUCCUGUAUCUUUUGCCUCUGGGCAUCAUCUCCUUCUCCUACACUCGUAUCUGGAGUAAACUUAAGAACCACGUGAGCCCUGGAGCUGCCAAUGAUCACUACCACCAGCGAAGGCAGAAAACCACCAAGAUGCUGGUGUGUGUGGUCGUGGUGUUUGCGGUCAGCUGGUUGCCUCUCCACGCGUUCCAGCUUGCUGUGGACAUUGACAACCAAGUCCUCGACCUGAAGGAGUACAAGCUCAUCUUCACCGUGUUCCACAUCAUUGCCAUGUGCUCCACCUUUGCCAACCCCCUCCUCUAUGGCUGGAUGAACAGCAACUAUAGAAAGGCUUUCCUCGCAGCCUUCCGCUGUGAGCAGAGGCUGGAUGCCAUCCACUCUGAGGUGUCCGUGACAUGCAAGACUAAAAAGAAUCUGGAAGUGAAAAAGAACAUUGGCCCCCAUGACUCUUUCACGGAGGCUACCAACGUUUAAGGCAGCUCUGAUGUGAAAAUCUGUAGAUGAGUUCUGCCCAGAGCUAUAAAUCUGGUUGAGGAGGGCUCUCAGGUGCAUCCUGAUUUCCCACUCUAAGGAAGAAAAGGAGAAUCAGAAUGGAAGCCUCUGCAGUGGAAUUUAUGGAAAUCUGGUUGGCAGUGCCUGGGUAAAGAUACUGAUAUUCAAAGAUACAAGACACGGUUUGCCUAAAUUGUUUGGAUGGUAGGUCAAAGUCUGGGUAAAAGCAGAGGCAAACGCUUUUGACUGUUUCCCUGAAUGAAGGAAACCUGAAUGAGGUUGGGAUUAUUAGCAUUGGGAUUAUUGGGAUUAUUAGCAUUGCUAAAAAGUUGUGGCUGAAUAAUUUGUCUUUCAAAUCAUAUUAGGGUGUUGACGGGGUUGGGGGGUGAUGCGCUGUUCACUGUCCCCUCAUCUGAUGGAAAGACCACCCAAAACCACUUUCCCUAGGUUGCUGCAGGCUCUUCUUUAUUGUAUUUUAUUUUUUUUUUUAAGAAUUAUUCUUCCUACGCACUAAUCCUUCAGGGAGCAUUGAACUACAGUCGUUCAACUAUUUGAACGACUUCCAGGAAAUAAGCUGAAAUUUGCUAUGUAAUUAGUAUUUGGGCCAGUGAUAGGGGAACUCUUUAACACUCAGUUAGCCUGUUGUUCUUAAGACCAAAUGUACAUUUAGUGAAAACUUUCUUCAACUAGGAAGGGAAGGAUGAACUUCUCAGAAUUAUAGAAAUGUAAACCAUCAUUCAACUUCUCAUUUCAAGUUGUGCUGCUUUAUAUAGAUGCUAUUUACAUAACAGAUAAGCAUACAACACAAAACUUUUAAUCACUUCUAAUUGUUAUAUCUUUUUGAACAUCUAUUAUUUUUAUGUUGGAACUGAGUUUGUCUCCACUAAAAAUUAAUUCAGAUUAAGAAAUAAUUUUUGUGGUGUUUUGCAACAUUUUAUGGUUAUUUGUAAAUAGUUUUAGCACAGAUACAUAGCUCUAAUGUGUUUACAGAAUACUGCAGUGUUAUUUUUGAAAUUCAUCUUCCAUGGACCCAUUCAGAAUUAAUAAAACAAUAUAAUUUCAUCAAAAUGGAACCACCUAGUAAGAAAUAUUAAAAGCAUUGCAAACAUACUAUUUGGACCAAUUUAAACAAAAAUUAUCUUCCUCUCAAGAUACCUAGCUUUGUAUUUUGGAUAACUUAUGAAUAUAUACAUAAUAAAAUUUUACCUAUAAAUAAUGGAGUGUAGAUGUUAGAGUAUAUUUCACUGAAUAAUUUUGUGAACACAAUUUUUAUUUCAAUAGCACCUGCCAAAGAUGCUUAAAACCCUAGUAUGUUUAUGAAAGCUCACUGAGCUGUUAAAAUAUUUGUACUUCUUUGGAUGCUGUUAAAGAAAUUUUAUUGUAAUCACAUUUUGUCAGUAUGACUGAAUUUGUGAAUAGAUUUCUUAAAUUUUAAAAAGCUUCAAUAUGAAUAUUAUGUUUAGUUACACACAUUAAGUUUAUAAACUGGAGAGUUUUAUUUUAUGGAUAUAUUUAAAAUUUAUACCAUGGCUCUUGUUGAAUUAUUUCCAGUGAAGAAGUAAAGCUUUUGAUGUGGACUUGACAUGGACUUCAGUGGAAUACUGAAAAGAAUGAAAACAGUGAAAGACUAAGAAAUAAACCAAAAAUAAUAUGUAUGUAAUAUAUCAUGCAGUGAACAAAUUGAUUUUUCUGUUGGACUUGAUGUAACUAUCCAAAAAGAAGCUCUUUGUCCUGUAAACAGCAGUUUCUUUGCUUAGGAUGUUAAUAGAUAAUUGUGAUUAAAAGGGUUUUCUUUUCCUCUUGGAGAAUUCUUACCCUGUAGGAAAUGUGUAUGUUACUGUAUCACAGUUGUAGUAGUAUAUUAUUAGAAUCCAAUUAAUGAUCCAAUUAACAUAUGUGAUCUAAUUAGUUCUGUUAACUCAUUAACAAAAUAACCUUUUAUGUAGUGAUUUUAUCUGUUCAAAUAAAAAAAUGCAGGAA